UUCAACUUCUCCGCGGGCCCCGCGAUGUUGCCGCUGGACAUCCUCGAGGAGGCUCAGGCGGACAUGAUCAACUACAAGGGCACGGGGAUGUCCGUCAUGGAGAUGUCCCACCGCGGGAAGGACUUCAUGAAGAUCGCGGCCGAGGCGGAGGCGGACCUCCGCGAACUCGUGGGGAUCCCGGACAACUACAAGGUCCUCUUCCUUCAAGGCGGCGCGUCGUCGCAGUUCGCGGCGAUCCCGAUGAACCUCGCCCCGAAGGGCGGCGUCGCGGACUUCGUCGUCACCGGCGCGUGGGGUAAAAAAGCGUUCGCGGAGGCGAAGAAAUACGUGGACGUCAACCUCGCCGCGACGUCCGCGGACUCCAACUUCUCCACGAUUCCCCCGGUCUCGGAGUGGAAGCUCACCCCUGGGGCGAAGUUCGUGCACAUCUGCAGCAACGAGACGAUCGGCGGCGUGGAGUUCAAGGACGUUCCGGACGUCGGCGACGUCCCGCUCGUCGCGGACAUGUCGAGCAACUACCUCAGCAAACCCAUCGACGUGAAAAAAUACGGCGUCAUCUACGGCGGCGUCCAGAAGAACAUCGGCCCCGCCGGCAUGGCGAUCGUCAUCGUCCGCGACGACCUCAUCGGCGAAGUCGCCGACGCGUGCCCGACGAUGUUCGACUACCAGCUCAUGGCGGACAACGAGAGCAUGUACAACACGCCGCCGUGCUGGACCAUGUACACCUCCGGGCUGGUCUUCAAGAAGCUUCUCAAGAUGGGCGGACUGGAGGCGGUCGAGAAGAUGAACAUCGAGAAGGCGGCGAUGCUGUACGACGCGAUCGACGGGAGCGACGGGUACUACGUCUCCCCCGUGGAUAAGAAGUACCGCUCGCUCAUGAACGUGCCGUUCACCCUCGGCGGCGGGGAAGACCUCGAGAAGAAGUUUUUGAAGGAGGCCAACGCCGCGGGGCUGGAGUCGCUGAAGGGGCACCGCUCCGUCGGCGGCGCGCGCGCGUCCAUCUACAACGCGAUGCCGAUGGAGGGCGUCAAGACGCUCGUCGAUUUCAUGGCCGAGUUCAAGAAGAACAAC